CCGAAUCCCACGAGGCUGCCUCAAAGACUCGCGUACAUCUGGGCACCUUUAUUCUUCACCAUUUGAUUCUACAAUAGAAGGCAUAUGACAUAUGGUUGACCGUCGCGUUCCCUCUUAUUUUUAUUAUUUUCCCAUCGCUUCCGAACACCCCGAGAUGCGCCAUAUGCGACAGAUGACCACCACCACCGCCUCCUCCUCGUCCCUCGUUGACCGCUCCCAUCAAGAAGAGUACGAACACGGCCGUCUUCAUCUACCUUUGUCGUAAGAGGCGUGUCCGUCGCCGAGGCCUGUCUUCGACCUAGGUACUCCGACCUACCUACCUAACCCUACCACCGAAUCAGCCACCGAAUUACCCACCCCGACC